GCAAGAGUAUAUAUGAAAAUGACUAAUACACAUACAUGAACCAAUAAGAGAGACAGUAGUAGUUUUUCUUACCCUCAUUGGAUUCUGAUUGGUUGUAAUGUCAUGUGACAAAAAGGUCAUACAUUGUUUAUUCAGCUAAGCUAAUGGACAGACAAAGCAUGUUGUGAGUUAUCAUGGAAUAUCGAUCAAUACACAUAUACAGCAAAAUAUAUCAGACUGUCAAAUCAAAGGCAGACAUCAUGUGACUACAUAUCAUUAUCGUUUUAUGAAUGCGGAGGAAGUUGAAUCUACAAAAGCCGUGUUCUCAUUAUCACCUAAAUAUGAAUUCUAACAGGAUCACUUACUCUCGUAACUUUAUUAAUCAUUUACGACCGACCAAUGACUUUCAUAUUCCCACGAAAUCAAGGAGGAAGCAUCGUAGUGGUUGGCAGAGAGCUCUUAAACGUACACCAAUACACUUACACCUAACUACGGUCCCUGUCAUAAUGAACACUAACUGCCGCUCUCAUCCUAACAACAUAAUGUACCUACAAUCCUUGAUGUCCACUGACACCUAUCACAAUACUGCGAUAAUCACAUUACAAGAAACAUGGUUACAUGAACUGUAUGAUGGCAAUCUCAUCUCACUAAAGGACUUCAUCUUAUUUAGACAAGACCGACAAUGUUGUAAUAAGAAAUAUGGGGGCGGCGUUGCCACUUUUAUUCACUCCAAAUGGUCUAUUUCUAAUAAUGUUUGCUUCUCAUUCUCAAAUGACUUCAUAGACUGUAUCACCGUCAAAUGUCGUCCCAAACAUUCCCAAUAUAAACACAUCUUUGUUACUAACAUGUACAUUUCUCCAAGUUGCUCACUAUCUAAUGUUUCAAAUUUUGCUGAUGAAUUCAUCAUGUUUGCCGCUGCCAACUUCGACAACUCUCUCUAUCUGUUAUUACUGGGGACUUCAACUUGUCAGAUUGCUCUUUUCUUGAAGCACUUGGUCACUCAAACAUAGUCAAAUUUCCCACUCGACUUGACAAAACACUUGAUUUAGUUUUCACAAAUGACGAAGGAAUGUAUGAAACACGUAAACGUGCACCAAUACUUAACUCUGAUCACUCUAUUGUUCGUGUUUUACCAAAAAUAUACAGCAAAACACAUAUUAAAGUCUUCUCACAUCUGUCUAUGAAAGCACAACAAAGAUGCUACUCAUCUGACAACUUACUCAAUCUAAGGUGCAUGUUAAAAAAUACUAACUGGGAUUUAUUCCACGAAAGUUCAUUAGAUGACACAAUUGUCAAUAUAACGGCGGAUUAUCUUAAGUUCUGCCUUGAUAUAUGCUGUCCCAAACAAACACUAUUCAAACGCCUCGACCGCUUCUCAUCUCCUUAUCUCAAACAACUUCGCAGGCAAAAAGAAACAUUAUACAAAUCCAAAGACAAGUUAGGACUCAAAAAGAUUAAUGCU